ACGGCGGGGUAGCUGCAGACGUACUACGUGCCGGCUGCCUGGCGGCUCUCGUGGCUUUCCAGCGGCCCCGGUUUCCCGGUAGCCGGGCCCUGUGGGCACCGUAGGGGAAACGGAGCGGCAGCAGGCGCAGUUCCGGGCCAGCGGGCCUUCAUUCGGCGCGGGGUCUACCCCAGCUCCUCGUCUCCUGUCCUGGACUCGAUCCUCUGGGAUCUCCUUCCGAGGGGGCCAUGGAUACCUCGACACCUUUGCCUCCUGUCCCCCAGUCCCAGAACUGCAACCCAGCCCCACGGACUAUCCAGAUAGAGUUCUCUCAGCAUAGCUCAUUGCUUCUGGAAGCCCUGAACCGUCACAGACUAGAGGGAAAGUUCUGUGAUGUGUCCCUUUUGGUGCAGGGCCGGGAACUUAGGGCUCACAAAGCAGUGUUGGCUGCUGCCUCUCCUUACUUCCAUGACAAGCUUCUUCUGGGGGAUGCACCACGUCUCACCUUGCCCAGCGUCAUUGAAGCUGAUGCUUUCGAGGGGCUGCUCCAGCUCAUUUAUUCAGGGCGCCUCCACCUGCCACUGGAUGCUCUCCCUGCCCAUCUCCUUGUGGCCAGUGGCCUCCAAAUGUGGCAAGUAGUAGAUCAGUGCUCAGAGAUUCUUAGAGAAUUAGAAACCUCAGGUGGUGGAAUUUCAGCCCGUGGAGCAACCCCUUAUCGCACACUUCUUUCCUCCACAUCUUCGACAGGAGGAUGGUGCAUUCGCUCUUCCUCAUUCCAGAGUCCUGUGCAAGCUUCUGCUUCUACCCAGAACCCCACUGGAGGGGACGGGAGUGAACUGGGAAACGUGUUACGGAUUCAAGUUGAGGAGGAGGAGGAAGAAGAGGAGGAGGAUGAAGACCAGAGGUCAGCAGCAUUCUCUCAGACUCCUCAGCCUGCAAGAGUAUCAGGGGUUCCUCAUCCUCAUGGAUCCCAUCCACUGCCCAUAUCUGCUACUCCCCGUAGGCUUCCAGACGAUGAGAGUGCACCACUUGAGUCUCUGACCCCUUCUGCACCACCCUCCAAAAUCUUCUACAUUAAGCAGGAACCCUUUGAGCCUAAGGAGGAGAUAUCAGGAGGAGGAACUCAGGCUGGAGGAGUAAAGGAGGAGACCACAGUGUUUCCUGGAGGGAACACUGAAGGGACUGAAGAGCUAGGGUUCUUGACACCCUCAGGAACAGGGGCAGCAUCUGCAGGAGGAGGAGGUCCAUCGUGGAAACCAGUGGAUCUUCAUGGUAAUGAAAUCUUGUCUGGGGGUGGGGGACCUGGGGGAACGGGGCAGGCUGUUCAUGGGCCUGUGAAGCUAGGGGGGACACCCCCUGCAGAUGGAAAAUGCUUUGGUUGCUUGUGUGGGAAGAGGUUUGCAGUGAAACCAAAGCGUGACCGGCACAUUAUGCUGACCUUCAGCCUUCGGCCCUUUGGCUGUGGCAUCUGCAACAAGCGCUUCAAGCUGAAGCACCAUCUGACAGAGCAUAUGAAGACCCAUGCAGGAGCCCUGCAUGCCUGUCCCCAUUGUGGUCGUCGGUUCCGAGUCCAUGCCUGUUUCCUUCGCCACCGGGACCUAUGCAAGGGCCAGGGCUGGGCCACAGCUCACUGGACUUACAAAUGACUACUGAGGCCACACACUAACUUCUAGGACGAGCCAAUGCUGCUGAUGGAUACUUGCCCCUCACUACCAUGGCACCUCAAUUGUGGAUCUUCUAAUCAUGCCAAGAGGAUAGAAAUAUUAUGGACCUCUUAUUCCUGGCAGAUUUGGAAACAGAUUUCUCAUCUCCAGGUUUUUAUUAAAUUACCUUACAGGAAAGUGGUUUACAGGUCAUAUGUAAGUUGGCCAUUUGCCCAUAACAGACCUUUCCAUACAGGAAACCAGAUUUCAGAUUAGAGGUUUAUUUGGAGAAGAGUUAGAGAAAAAAGACAAUGAUAAAAGGUUUCAUUUGGCCUCCAUGAGGAGUCAAAGGAGCUGGUCUCCAUCUAGAGAUGUGUUUGAUUUAGAGUUUUAGUAAUUCAGAGACUAAGCUCUAAACUUUUCUUUCCUUCAUCAUUGCUGAAAUGUGAGCAGAGUUCAUGUACUUUCCUUGUUAUAUCUUUUUAAAAGCCCCUCAGAUUACAACUUGAUUCCUCACCAGUAGAUAUCUUCCCAACACCUUUAUUUUUAUGUUGUAGUUGAGCACUUUAACAAAUUGAGCAUUCCAUGUGUUAUUAGAACCCUCUUUAAUAGAGGGUCUCUCAACAGCCUGUGCCUCUGGUCUACUUUGACCACUACUGGUCACUCAUAUUGAUUAUAGUGACUGGACUGUGACCAGUGAAUUCAGAAAAUGGCCACUGACCUAAAAUGCUCUCGAGGUAGCACCACUGCUCUGCAUAAGUCGUCUUGGUUAGAGGGAUUCAGGGCUGAGACAGCACAUACUGAAGUCUAGAGAGUAAAUAUAAUUGUGGGACCACAUCCCCUAUUUUUCCAUCCCCACCUGCUCAUGGCAGCUCCUUGGUUGACAAACAGCUUUUGAAGUGGGGAGAUUGUUGCAGGUUACUUAAUUUCUUCAAAUAAACUUUGCCCUGAAAUCAA